AUGUCGGUACUCAGCGAGAUCAAUAGCUAUGCCGUAUUUGACGACCAAAGCCCCGCUGACAUCCGCUACUCGGGACCAUGGGUACACUAUACGUUGUCCGGCAAUGAGCAGGUGUGGAAUCAGACAUUAACGUCUGCGACCAGCACGAGCUGUUCCUUGAGUUGGAAUUUCAGCGGUGUGGUGGGCACCGUCCUCCCCGCAAACGGAACAACUCCUCCGACUACUCUUUACUCGAUAGAUGGCGCGUCCCCUUCAACAUAUACUCCUCCUCUAAACAUCACCGAGCGUAGAGACCGCCAGUUGUUCUUCACCUCAGACGCCCUAUCCGAUGGAGAACAUACACUGACAAUUACUGUCACUUCAGUUGACGGAGGCAACGACCCGUUUCUCUUAGACUUCUUCUUCCUUGCGACGACAUCUAAUUCACCCACUGCUACCUACAUAUCGAUGGCGAUACCCUCAACUUCAUCAUCGGCCAUGGCAAACAUCAGCACCUCUUCAACGGAUUCAAUGGGCGCGGUAGUUGGGGGUGUGGUGGGCGGCCUGGCGUUAUUAGUGAUGACAUUACUCGGCAUGAUCUUCAUAUACCGCAGACGGAGAGGAAAUGGGGCAGAUUAUCAUAGUGUUGUGGAUGACGACCUCAAGCCUUUCCUCCCAGUUCCAUACAUCACAUCCUCCGAACGCGCGCACCAAACAUCCUCGCGCGAGUCGAUGGAAACUGUUCCAAUAAUCACACCUAUUGCGCCGAGUACAAUUACUGUUGAGCCACCUCAAAGUCUUGCCGGUGAUGUUGAUUAUACGGCCAGGCAGGAUACCUGGCCUCAAGCUGGUGGUCGAUCGCGGAAAAAUGUACGGACAGAACCAUUUAGCACGGCACGUCCCCCCUCUCCUGGAUUUGUGAAUUUGGGUCUUCCGUCUCCAUCAGUACAAUCAACGACUCCGGCAGAGUUACCACCCGCAUAUAGCGAGGGAGAUUCCACUCAAAUUAUUUAG